UUCAAUCCGACACCACAACUCUCGCCAUGUCUUGCCUUCAUUGUAUCUCGUGCUCGCACCUCGACUUAUCACGUGAGCGAUCAGGAGAUGGCUGAUGCAGCUGAGACCCGGGCAGCACUCGAAUUUGUGUGUGAAACAUUGCGCAAAAAGCUGCCGGACAUCGACAUGGAUGCUGAGUGCAUGCGUCGCGCAAAACAUGAUGACCCAACUGUGAUGCCUAGGAUGUGGGCUUUAAUAAUCCAACUGUUGGAGCUACAAAGAGAUAUGCCAACAAAUUCCAAGGGUUUGCACGAGCAACCCGAGACUAACCAAAGUCUUCAGCUUCCAGCAUUUAUUCCUAAAUAUGCCGCCAUUUAUUCCCUUUCAGCCUUGGGAUAUCCACGGGCCGACAAACUUGCUGUCCAAAGCUCUGAGAACAAUCUGAAUCAGGCUCAGAACGCUCAGGCUCAUCCUUCAGAGAGUGGCAGUCGCGAAUUGCUAUUGGCACUUGGGUUUCUCUUGGACACAAUGGAUUUGCUCUCUGCUCACGGUAAGCUGGCGCCCUAUCCGCCAGACAUUUCCUGUGUUCCGGACAGAAGUGACAGGAGUCAGAAGGAGGAGAAAGCGACUUCAAACUGCCAUCAAAGUAUUGGAUGUGAAGCUGCACGAGAGAAAAAUACUUCCAUUCACGUCCUUCAAAUUUACACCAAGUGGCAGAACGAAAUGAGAAGGUUGCAACACCUGGAUGCGCAUCGCCUUGAUGUCUUGCAAAAGCUGCACACGAGAGCCUGCCAAAGCGUCGAGAGAGCUAUGGCUAUGACAAAUCCAACCAAUCCGAUCAAACCGAAGACGCCACCUGCUCCGCCCACGCAGUACGAACUCUUUGUUUUAGAGCGUCCAGCCCUUUUGUCAGAACACAUUCAAGAACUGGAAGCUGAUAUUGAAUCCAGGUCCUCGCAUGUAAAGAAAGAGGAACUCUUUUGGCGAUGGAUGGGGAGUGUCCUGAAAGCUGCCAACAGCGAAACAUUUGAGAAAGUUGAAACUGCUCCUUCUGGCAAGUCGGAAGCUGUAUCAAAAUCCGCCACGACAUCUCGCAGUGUGUUUUCAAGUGACAAAGUGUUGGACAGCCUGGAUAAAUGUCGCGAUUCUUGGCAAGUCUUGGAAGUGAAGAAAGGCCAGCCAUUAGAAGUCACAGCAAGGGGCGAUUUACGGGAGCGUUUCGAUUUGCACAAGAUGCUGCCCCAAGAGGUGCAGCAAAGGUUGAAGGCCGAACUUCGAAAACUGGGUGCGUCAUUCGAUGAGAUUCUGCCCUCACCUUGGCUCUUGCAAAGUGGUCAGAUCCCUGAGUUUGCUGAGUUUGCUGAGUUUGGCCCUGGAUUAGAAAAGGACGGCAGCGCCAGCGAGGCAAGUGCCGCGUGUCCCAAGAGGCACAUGAUACAAGCUACUUCGAUCGGUGAAGGGCGUCAACGUCAUGAACCUCGUGGGCAGGGCAACACUUUGAACGCAGUGGCAGCAGUGGCAGAUCUUCGAGAACGAUAUGCUAAGACAGCGGAACGACACACGACCUUCCGCUCUUUUGCUUCCCAAAAACUUGAAACUACUUUGGCCUUGGCAGCCAGCGACGUGUUUGUGAAAGGGUGCGCUGGCUGGGGUAUGUGUUUCUUCGGUUUGUUUGGCCAUGAGAAGUUUCUCCAUUUGAACACCAGCGUAUGUGGACAUUUGGCGGCAAAGCUGCAAGAUGGGGGCAAAUCAUAGAAUGUCAGAGGUG